ACAGAUGUGACUGCACAGGCUAUUCAUGAAUCCGUGGCAGAGAAGAUACGCAAUAUGCGGAAGAGCAGGAAGAAAACAGACUUGAUGGUAAAACGUCAUAUGAUACCGUCCAAGCGCAUUUGCAGAAAAUACAAAUGCCAGACGGUCUUGUGCAAGAAUCUGGGGAUUACAUCCAAAUGUCUACGACCAAAAUCAACAUGUAAACCACAUAGUCGCCCUUCCCAAAUACCAGCAGAAACGAGGGACACUGUCCAGAGAUUCUACCAAGAGAAUGCUACAACCCUCCCGGACAAGAAAUUCGUAAGCAAAAGAUCUAAAAAAGCAUGCGCCUUCCUGACGAUGACAGUGAGGGGUUUGUUUGCAAAGUUCCAGAAGGAAAACCCUGCAAUGAAAGUUGGGCUGUCUACGUUUGCAGCCCUGAAGCCCACCCAUGUCAAGCACCGACAUUUGAUCACUUACAGAGGUUGUCUGUGUGAAUACUGUCAAAAUGUGGAACUAAAAAUGGCAGCCAUCAACAAACUGGCAAAUCAUUCCAUCUUCAAGGACAUUUACAACUUUAAUGCUGCAACCCUAUGCGAGAGGGCAGACAACCAGCCAUUCCACAAGCUACCCUGCAUCCAGAGACAGUGUGGGAAUUGUGGCACAUCAAAGCUUGAUGCAGUGUUGGAUCUGGAUGUGCUGAAGCAUAAGGGAAAUGUGGAAUGGAAAAAAUGGGCAAGAGAGACCAAGGAAGAAAAUGGGAAGAAGACAUCAAGAAUGGUUCUAGGGAGAAAAGAAGGCCCAUUGGAGGAGAUGUUGCAAGAGUUGAAGAUCGAAGCAGCAGCACUCUCAGAGCACCUAUUCACGGCAUCUUGGCAGAGUCGGGAAUUCUUGCGGGUGUCAAAGUCUCCACCAAGCAGAAGUGUGGUAAUGGUAUUAGACUUUGCGGAAAACUAUUCGUGCAGAUUUCAGGAUGAAGUGCAGGCUGUGCACUGGGGACACGAUUCUGCAACAAUACACCCCAUUGUUGGGUAUUAUAAAUGCCCUGAUUGCACAGAAACUGUAACAGAGUCAAUGAUCAUGAUUACGAAGGACAAUGUUCAUGACUUCAAUGCAGUACAGCAGUUCACUUCCUUUGCUGUGGAACAUAUCAAGAAGAAGGUUCCGAACAUCAACAGGAUCAUUCGGUUCUCGGAUGGGGCAGCUUGCCAAUACAAGUCCCGUGGACCAUUCCUUGACAUUUCUUAUGGAAAGGAGGACCACCAACUUGGGUUUCAACAUGAAUACUUUGGCAGCAGGCAUGGCAAAGGACCCAGUGAUGGAGAGAGUGGCGUGGUGAAGCGAUUAGCUACGGAUGCAGUCAUGUCUGGCACAGAGAUCAUCGCUAAUGCCAAAGAUUUCUUCAACUUCAUCGAACGCACGGCAACCCUACCUAAGGAACAAGAGGAUGAUGGCAGUAAAUGCACCCAUUUCUGUAGGAAAGCAUUCUGGAUUGAGAAGAUAGAUCGAGACAGGAAACGACAAGCACUGAAAACAAUUCAGGGAACACGACGUCUUCACAGCAUCUUAUCUGUUCGGCCUAAUGUCAUCAAAGUCAGAGAACUCUCAUGUUUCUGCAAUGGAUGCGAAGAGGGCAAGCAGGCAUGCUCCAACAAAGAUUACGUGCAGCAGUAUGUUGUCAGAAGGAUUGCAACUGGACCUGUAGAUGGGAUGAAGCCCACCUCUAGAGCAAAAGCAGAUGCCAAAGAAUCAAGAAAUGAUCCUGAAGGGAAAAAGGAGCAGAAAGCAAGAAAGGACACUGACAGAAGAAAGAAGCAGGAAGCACGAAAGGACACUGAAGGAAGAAAGAAGCAGGAAGCAAGAAAGAACACUGAAGGAAGAAUGGAGCAGGAAGCAAGAAAGGACACUGUAGAUGGUAUGAAGCCCACCUCUAGAGCAAAAGCAGAUGUCAAAGAAUCAAGAAAUGAUCCUGAAGGGAAAAAGGAGCAGAAAGCAAGAAAGGACACUGACAGAAGAAAGAAGCAGGAAGCACGAAAGGACACUGAAGGAAGAAAGAAGCAGGAAGCAAGAAAGAACACUGAAGGAAGAAUGGAGCAGGAAGCAAGAAAGGACACUGUAGAUGGUAUGAAGCCCACCUCUAGAGCAAAAGCAGAUGUCAAAGAAUCAAGAAAUGAUCCUGAAGGGAAACGGGAGCAGGAAGCAAGAAAGGACACUGAAGGAAGAAUGGAGCAGGAAGGAAGAAUGGAGCAGGAAGCAAGAAAGGACACGGAAACGAGAAUGGACAUCAAAGUUGGCAGCUUUGUCGCAGUGAAGGCAGGCAGACAGAAGUGGUAUGCAGGGCUUAUCACACAAGUUGACGGAGAUGAAGGGGACGUCCGUUUUUUGCACCGACCACCAGGUGCUGACUACUACAUAUGGCCCACUGAGGUAGAUUCGUCUUGGCUGAGAAUCGACAAAGUCCUCCCAAUUUCUCCUCCCACUGUGUCAUCGAGAGGGCUGCGGCGAUGGGCAGAUGAGGAGCUAAAUCGUAUUGACAUCCAAAUCAGGGCUUUAGAUUUCGAGGCAUAAAGUUUUGCCAUCUCACUGAGAGGCGAAUGCUU